UUCGUCUGCGGUGAUGAAAUCAAUACGACAAGCAAUAUCUGUGUUAAAAAAAACCACUCAAAAACGUCAGAUUCCAUCAACUCAAUCUCUUCAGAAACCGUUCAAAUUGUCUGUAUAUCGGGAGCUGUUAAGGAUUUCGGGUUGUUCGAUUUUGUUGUUAUGAUCUAAGGAAACAGCUUUGCAUAGCUGGGCUAAAUGCGUUAAGCUAACCUAUGCCAAGAAACCUAUUAACUUCUUUCUCUUGCCACAUUAGUUAUGGAGGCAGAACCUGCAUUAUCCAUUCAAAGAUCAGGUGGAAGACAACUUAGUAACCAUGGAGGAGCAACUGCAGCUCUAUCUUCAUCUUUUCCUAUCCAUCGUACCAAUCUUGACGAAAAACUUCCCAAGUUGUUGGAUUCUCAACAGUCUUCAACUAAUGGAACCGUUGGUCACAUUUUCUCUUCGUCUUCAGGGAUGUCUUCACAUCUUCACUUAUCUUCUGUCUCUCCGGAUGAAACUUGUUCCAAAAAAGCCCCUUUUGUUACCACUCAGUCAUUGGGUGUUCUUCGCUCUACUGCAUUCCGUCAAUAUAUGAAAGAAAAUAACAGUAGUUCUUGGUGUACAGACUCACUUUCUGAUUUUCUUGAUUACCCGGAAAAUAUCCCUAUCGAGUCGAGUAAUCUAGAACACAAUGACAGUGGUUUGAUGCCACCUGAGGAUAUUGGCAAGCCAAAUGAUUGGCAAGAUUGGGCUGACCAGCUAAUCACUGAAGAUGAUGCUAUAACACCAAAUUGGAAUGAGAUUCUAGUUGAUGCUAAUGUUGAUGAUCCAGAGCCAAAGAUGGCAUUUCAUGUGGGGAGAUCAUCUACAAACUUGCUCAAAGUAAAAAACCUGGUUCCCGCGUCACCUGGAGAGGCUUGCGCCCCGUUAACGCCAUCAUCAUGUGGGAGUGGGUCCCAAAGCAAGCCACGAAUGCGUUGGACGCCUGAACUUCAUGAAGCCUUUGUGGAGGCAGCCAACAAGCUCGGUGGAAGUGAAAGAGCUACCCCCAAGGGAGUAUUGAAGCUAAUGAAAGUUGAGGGCUUAACAAUCUAUCAUGUGAAAAGUCAUCUACAGAAAUAUCGGACAGCUAGAUACAAACCCGAACCUUCAUCAGAAGGGUCUUCGGAGAAAAAACCUACUCCAAUGCAAGAUUUAUCGUCAUUCGAUUUGAAAACGAGUUCGGAGAUCACCGAAGCAUUACGAUUACAGGUGGAAGUUCAGAAAAAACUACACGAACAACUUGAGAUUCAAAGAAACCUACAAAUGAGAAUAGAAGAACAAGGCCGAUACCUCCAAAUGAUCUUCGAGAAGCAAUGCAAGUUUGGCAUCGACCAGCUCAAAGCUUCAUCGUGCACCCUGGAAAAGUCCGAAGCCGAGAUGACCAACGAAAUUUCUAGCUCGCCGACCAAUACCGAAACAAAACCCGACCCAAUUACGGUUGAACCAUCUAUAGAACCCGAGCCAUUGGAAUCACAACCAUCGAAGCGUGCUAAAUUAAACGAGUCAUCUAUUGAAUCAUCGUAAGGAAACUGUAUAUAUAUGGGCAACCAGUCACUUCCUAUUGUUUUCAUUCCGAGCCCAUAAGGUUCGAGUGGUUUUCGAUUAUGAACGUUAUUAGUUUAAGAAUGCUAAAUUAGCGCGAUCUUUCUGAUGCAUGUUUUCGUGUAUCCUAGAAACGAAUGUAGCUUAGGUAGAAAAGUAUUACGAUUCGUGUAAUUUGUCAAAGCUGACUUUGCUUGAUUCUAGUGUAAAUGUGCAUUCGAUUCAGAUUGUUUUC